GCAAAAGUCAAGAAAAGCAUAUUACUGUCAAGCAAAAAGGUAGGAAUCGGUUUCACCAACAAGAUGGCAAAAACAUCCGAUAUUUCUGUACUUUUACCGACCGUUCUGUUAAAGAACACAUUACUUCAUCUUCCAGGAGUUACCUUCAACAUGGGUGUCCCAAUCGACGACGCCUUUCUCCUUUUGGAAGCUUUUCUUCAGGAAUCAGAUCUACUUUCUCCGCAAAUCAAAAAAUCACUAGAACUGCUGUGUUCUCGAGUGAAUGUUUCUGGAGCAAGUGCUGGCUCCGGCAAAUCCAAGAAAUCGAUAAAAUUGUCGAAGGAGGCAAAAAGAAGCAUCGAGGACUUACACUCAAUCUUUUUCGCAUCGUCAGAAAAACAUCCGGUAUUUGCAUGCAUUGCUGCAGAUAAGAAUGGGGAGAUUUGUUCCAAUGUUGCAGUCAUCUCUCGGUUGGUGAAUGUUCAGAUGUUACCCGACCAAUGCAUUUUAGGUUUGAGGGGCGAACUUAAAGGCUACGCACAAAAAGAUCUAGAUUCGUUGACCCCUCUAAACGUAGAGACAUCUAAAUACGGAUAUGCGGGCGAAGUGCUGUACGAACUACAUGCUGGGGAAGAGAUUCCACCAACAGCUGAAAAUUUGGAACUUUCCAAAAAGGUCAUAAAUGGGAUAACCGAGAAUCUUACACUGACGGAAAAGUUCAAAGAGGAUUAUGCCAGCCUGAACAAUUCCACCUUCAAGGAUCUCCUGCUAAAAUUGAAUCCCUUGGCAGAGCUGCUUAACAUCCAGCUCUCUGAUUCUACUACAAAAAAUAAUUUAUUGAAGCUCAAAAAGCUGUUGUUUUCCUUGAAGCACCACCAGUUUUCAGAGAUACUCAAAGCGUGUGAUAUUUACGUGGCCGUAUUUCCAUUCGCAUUCUCUCAAGAAGUUAACUAUUUGCAAGCCAGAGAACCAGUAGAACAAUUAUCGGUCACACUUGAGUUAAUCAAUUUUGUCUCGGCUAUUUUCACAAAAUACUUAGACGUGGAAUUCGUUUCACACUCUUGGAAUAGAAUCGGAAAGUUGCAAAAUGGAAAACAGCUACAGUCAAAGUUUAUUAUCAACCACUUUAACGGGUUGAAAGAACUUUUAAGCUUGACUGCUAGAAACUCUAAAUCUGCGAAGUCUUCAGAGGGAGGAAAUGCGAGCAAGCCAUUUAGAAUGGGAGAUGCCAGCGUCAAGAAAGGUUCUCAUAACUCAGACAACAAUGAUGACAACGAUGAUGAUGGUGACUUGGGUACUAUUGCUGAAUUCAUUUCGAAUAUCCAAGACUAUGAGAUUUCGAAUGACGGUAGGAACUUAUUGAUCAAGGAUUUUAAAAGAUUGAAAAAAAUGCAGAAUACCUCCUCGGAGUAUCAACAGCUCAGGAACUAUUUCGAUAUUGUAUUAGACUUACCUUGGACACAAACGUCGAAUGAAGCUAAAAUUGAAAAAGAAAUUGAUUUAAUGAAAGCCAAAGAAAUUUUAGACAAAGAUCAUUUUGGAAUGGAGGCGGCAAAGGAAAGAAUAAUAGAGCAUUUGGCUGUUGUGAAAUUGACAAAAAAGACACCAGAUGCUCACAAAUCUCCGAUCAUUCUACUCAAUGGGCCCCCAGGUGUAGGGAAAACAUCACUUGCCAGAUCAAUUGCACAUAGCUUAAACUGCGAAUUUCAAAGAAUUUCCCUCGGGGGUAUAAAUGAUUUUGCCGACUUAAAAGGUCAUCGUAGAACUUACGUUGGUGCUAAUCCUGGCUUGAUUAUUCAAGCCUUGCGUCGUGCGAAGAGCACAAAAAUUGUUAUUUUACUCGAUGAAGUGGAUAAGAUUGGAAUGGCUGGCAACAAAGGAAAUCCAGAGGCUGCGCUGUUGGAAAUCUUAGAUCCCGAACAAAACACCUUUUUUACCGACCACUAUAUCGGUUUCCCCAUCGAUUUGUCGAAAAUAGUAUUCAUUGCGACAAGUAAUGACAAGUGGGAUAUUAGUGAGCCUUUACGUGAUCGCAUGGAAAUAAUAGACCUUGACGGCUACAAUUGUAAAGAAAAAGUGAAAAUUGCAGGCCAAUUUAUCUUGCCAAGACAAUUGGAGAGAAAUGGCCUACUUCCAAGUCAGAUUCAGAUGGAUGAUGAGGUUUUUGAUUCUAUUGCUACAUCAUACACCCACGAGGCCGGCAUAAGAAACUUUGAAAGAUUGAUCAGCAAAGUUUGUCGUAAAAAGGCGGCUGAACUAUUGAGCAGGAAGGGCACCUAUAAUUCAGUGGUUCUUAAAAAUGAUUUGAUUAAAUACUUAGGUGUUCCAUUUAGCUUUGGCAGUGAGGAGAAAUUUUCCGCUGGUAAUUCUUCAAUUCAAGAAGAGUUUGGGAUCGUAAAUGGUCUUUCUUAUAACUCUGAUGGCUCAGGUUCAUUGUUGAGAUUCGAAAUGGUGGGUGUACCAGGCUCAAAAAGAAUAUCGUGUACAGGAAGACUUGGUGAAGUUUUAUUGGAAAGCUGUGAAAUUGCCGAAUCUUUGGUAGAACAUUUGAUCCAUACUCAUUUAUUUUUAGAUUACAACGAAGAAAAACUUACCAAAAGACUAGACUCAACAAGUGUACAUAUGCACGUUCCCGAAGGUGGUGUGAGAAAAGAUGGCCCUUCCGCUGGUCUCACUAUGACAUUAUGUUAUUUAUCGCUUAUUCUUGAGCGCCCUGUCAGUAGUAGCAUUGCCAUGACUGGAGAAAUCACACUCUCUGCCAAAGCCUUACCAAUAGGAGGACUAAAAGAAAAACUACUAGGUGCUAGCUUAUCUGGCAAGAUCACAAAGGUGAUUGUACCAAGAUUAAAUCGAAAAGAUUUGAUAUCAGCUUACAUUGAAUCACUUUCAGACAGGGAUGAGGCUAAUGCGGUUUUGACGAAACUGGUCUUAGAAGAAGAGCAGUGUUUAGGUGAUAAGAAAAGGCGAUACAAAUUUUCUUCCGACGUAGAGUCAUGGGUCAGAAAAGAGUUUGAUGUUGACGUGAAGUACGUUGAUGAUUUCAUGGACGUUAUACGUGAAGCCUGGGGUGGUGAAGUGGUAGUCCUUCGUAAAGAAAUGAAAGCACAUUUAUAGGAUAAAGUGAAAUAAAGAUCUGAUACAUAAACUUAUUUACCUAAAUUAUAUGUAGGUAAUAACCAGUGCAAGCGUUAUUCCUAAAGCAAUAAAGUAUUGAAGAUCUAGGGAGUUGCAAACUUUUCAGUCCAUUCUUUUGCUGUAGCAAUUGCCUUUGCGUGGUUGCCUUUCCAUUCUUGGGCGACUUCGUUAGCUAAAGGA